AUGGACUCGCUUUCGCAGCAAAGGCUAUCAUCAGUCCUCUCUGCGUCUUACUCCGACUCUGAAAUCAGAAAUGCACUCCAGGUAUUGGACGCACGCUUCACCGACAAUUCCCCCGAUUCACGACGGCAGCUCCGGGUGGAUAUUCAGGCGGAGGUCAUCCGAGGCAAUGCUCAUAUUGUUGAGGAAUUCGCUAAGAUAGCUGAGCAAUUAAAACAUAUAGGGACUACAUUGAGCACAAUGAACGCCGUAGUAUCCUCACUGCGAACCAAUGUUGCGGCAGCUUCUUCGGAAACGGCACCAAUACUUGAUGAAGCCUCUGAACUAUUGUCGCAGAAAAAAGAUGUGGAAACUAAAGAGGCACUACUGUCUGCAUUCACGGCACACUUCGUAGUCUCUGAGGAAGAUGUGCUGGUAUUAACUAGUUCAGCUGAGACUCUAGACGACCGAUUCUUCCGAAUCUUGAAUAGGGUAAAAAGAAUACAUAGCGACUGUGAAGUUUUACUAGCAAGCGAAAAUCAAAGGGCUGGUAUGGAAAUCAUGGAUUUGAUGACCAAACACCUACACGAUGCUUUCCAGAAAUUAUAUAGGUGGAUCCAAAGGGAGUUAAAGCAUCUGUCACUUGAGAGUCCUCAGAUAAAUUCGGGCAUCAGGAGAGCUUUGCGAGUUCUAGCUGAAAGACCCUCCCUUUUUCAAGAUUGUUUAGAUUUUUUCGCAGAAGCUCGACAAAAGAUCCUUCUUGAUUCAUUUUACACGGCAUUAACUGGUGCCCCCCAAGGCACACCAGGUAUCGACUCUUCCACGAAACCAAUAGAGCUCUACGCCCAUGAUCCUUUAAGAUACAUUGGUGAUAUGCUAGCUUGGCUGCACUCUUCUGCUGUUGGUGAACAGGAGGCCCUAGAAGUUUUAUUCAUUUCUCAGGAAGGUGAAGGCCAAAACAGCAUUUUAGGGGGGAUUGAGGAAGGGUUAAAAAGCGAACCUUGGGUUGGUGACUAUAGAGAUGAUGCUUUGGAAGCUCUCGGGAGCUGGGAUGCUAGGAAGGGUUUGAUGAUGUUAGUAGACAAAGGCUUAGAAACAGUGUGCAAACCAUUGAAGUCUAGAAUUGAGCAGGUCGUCGCCAGUCAUGAAGACAGUACCCUAGCAUAUCGUAUAUCAAACCUCAUAAAUUACUACCGUCUCACAUUUGAAAAGCUACUUGGUGAAGACUCAUCCCUCCUAGAAACAAUUAAAAGCGUCGAGCAGUCCGCUCUCCGUCAAUUUCAUAGCACCUUACAGGCCCAUGUCCGGGCUGUGCAGUCGGACCUUCCACAAGCGCCGCCAGACCUCUCACCUCCUGAUUUUCUUCUAGAAGGUCUCAAAGAACUCAAAGAUCUGAUGGUUUCAUAUGAAGCUUCCUUAGCGCCAACUCAAGAGCGCGAAGAGGAGUUUUCAAAGAUAUUGGAGGAGGCGUUUGAUCCGUACAUAGAAGGCUGUCGUUCUCUUCGAAAGGAUCUAGAUGAGUUACAGAGCAAUAUCUUCGGCUUAAACUGCAUGUUGGCGGCCAAGUCGACUUUAGAUCAAUUUUUAUUCACAGCUAAAAGAGUCAGUAUGCUAGACGACGAGAUUAAGACAUAUAUCAAGGCACUUGUGGAGUAUGAGCACAAUUUCUUUGUUCAUACUUCCGGGUUGAAUCCUUUGCUUGUUGCGUUAGACGAUUGGAAUCCGACGAAAACACCCUUAACUCAACUUCCACCAUUCUCCCUGUUGUCCUUAACACAAGUCUCACAGACUCUUGACAAGUUCCUCCAGUCAGCAUUGAUGGAUGUACAGACAGAGCUCAGGAGAUUAAACUCUCCAAAGGUUAUUGGAGAAAUCGCGCAUGAAGCAGCUGAAAGAUUCGUAGAAGAUUUCCGUAGGGUAGAAGAAGCUGUAGUUAACGCUUUAGCGAACGAGAUGGAAGAAGGUAUGGAUGGGGCUAGAAAUGUGUGGCCAAGAACGACCCAUCUUGGAGCUUUGUUUUUACGUCCUGUUGCCUCGCUGGCGAAAUCUACAAUCACGCCGGUUGCUCGUCGUCGUACCCACUCCACAGCAUUCGACUGGGAGGACCCCCUACUACUCAGAGAGCAAUUAAGUGAAGACGAAAUUGCUAUUGCUGAGAGCGCGCACUCCUACUGCCAAGAACAGUUAUUACCCAGAGUACUCCAGGCAUACAGAGAUGAGCAUUAUGAUAGGGAGAUCCUGAAGGAAAUGGGGGAGCUAGGGUUGCUAGGUGCUACAAUUCAGGGCUAUGGGUGUGCCGGCGUAAGCAAUGUUGCUUCUGGGUUAAUCACCCGCGAAGUGGAGAGAGUCGAUAGCGGAUACCGUAGUGGAAUGAGUGUCCAGAGUUCCCUCGUCAUGGGUGGUAUUGAAGAAUUUGGCACCGAGGAACAGAAACAGCGUUUUCUUCCGGGGAUGGCAAAAGGAAGGGUUAUUGGUUGUUUCGGCCUCACAGAACCAAAUCACGGAUCUGACCCUGGAUCGAUGGAAACCGUUGCACGCCGUCACCCCACGAAGAACGGAGUUUACCUCCUGUCGGGUUCAAAGACCUGGAUCACUAACUCCCCGAUCUCUGAUGUUCUCAUGGUUUGGGCUAAACUAGAUGGUAAGAUUCGAGGUUUUCUUGUCGAAAGAGCGACUGCCGCCCCUGGCACGAUUUCUACUCCUGCCAUCAAAAACAAGAAUGGUCUCCGUGCUUCUAUCACUGGCAUGAUCAUGCUCGAUGGUGUAGAAGUUCCUGAGGAAAACAUGUUCCCUGACAUUGAAGGUCUUAGAGGACCAUUCAGCUGUUUGAACAAUGCUAGGUAUGGAAUUGCAUGGGGAACAAUAGGUGCACUGGAAGACUGUCUUAGGAGAGCAAGAACCUAUGCACUUGAAAGAAAGCAGUUUAAGGGCAACCCUCUAGCAAAGUAUCAGCUUGUUCAAAAGAAGUUGGCAAAUGCAUCAACCGAUGCUGCAUUUGGAUUGGCAGCUGCUUUACAGGUCGGAAGAUUGAAGGAUAGAGUCAAUGCUAGAGAUUUACAAGAAAUAUUUGGCGGAAAUGCUGUGUCUGACGAAUAUGGAAUCGGCAGGCAUGUCGCUAACCUGUUUGUCACGCAAACCUAUGAGGGUCAGAGUGAUAUCCAUAGUUUGAUUCUCGGUAGAGCAAUUACUGGAGUUCAAGCAUUCUGUUAG